CCAGGCGAUAGGGCGCGCCCCGGUAGCAGUAUGUUUCACCCCAGAUACGAAUCCCCCAGAUUUUUAUAUUGUUCAGAACUAGACAACGAACACUACACGUUAAUAUUUGGUCAUUAACCUCAAAUAUUUAAAUACCAUUUAAAUUUAUUGUUUGUAAAUAAAAAAUAUCUGACCAGUUUAAAAAUUCAAACUUUUAAAUAUUAAAACCAGCCUAAAUUUAAAAAAAAAAAAUGCUCGCCUUGCAAGGAUACAAGAGUAGUGACGACGAAGAUGAUCCAGCAUCUGAUAAUUCAAAAGUUGAGGUCAACAAUGACAAUAAAUUAAUAAGUAACCAAAAUAGUAUCGCGCUGUCUAUGAAAAUUUGUGCGGCCCCAGAAGUUGUUCCCACUGGUACUGAACUCUGCGUCAGACAUAUUGACUCGACGACUUCAGAGCUAUCGUACAAUGCUAAAUAUGACGAGUUGUUCGCGCCAGAUUUGGGCCCUAUAAAUCCUUUUAAGACACAACAACAACGUGCUGCAAAAAAUAUCCUGUCGGGAUAUGUAGAGAAGGCCCACAUCAGCGAGUUCCAGUUUGAAAACCAGCGCCGGACCUUUUCUAGUUAUGGUUAUGCGCUGGAUCCAACGAUAGACGGCAGUGCAGAGGAAGGAAGAGCGAUGAUAGGAUCAACAGAUGUCGCGGAAGAGAAAGGAGCAAAAACAGUAUUCGAGCGCACAGAGUUGAGACCAGCGGACAAACGGAAACGACACCGUAAUGAUGACCCUCAGGAUAUUGAAGGAUUCCUGGGACCCUGGGGUGGAUUCGUGGAUGAAAAGAAGGUAAUAAAACCUACGGAAGAAGAGGCCGCGGAGCUGGAAGAGAUCUUAGCCAAGAAAAACAAGAGAGGCAAGCAGGUGGAGGAGAAACCAUUGGAAGAAAAAACUGUCUUGCAUAUUAAAGACCCGGUGGAUUAUCAAGGCCGCUCGUUCCUUCAUGCUCCUCAAGAUGUUGGUGUCAAUCUACGGUCAGAUUCACCACCGGACAAAUGUUUCCUCCCUAAAUCUCAAGUCCACACUUGGGAAGGUCAUACUAAAGGAAUUUCACAGAUAAAAUGGUUUCCCAAGACCGCUCAUCUUUUGCUGUCCUGCAGCAUGGACUGUCGGGUUAAACUCUGGGAGGUAUACAAAGAUCGCAGAUGCGUACGUACUUAUUAUGGACACCGGCAAGCAGUUCGUGACAUCAGUUUUGACAAUGACGGAAAGAGAUUUUUGUCUGCUGGAUACGACCGUUAUGUUAAACUCUGGGACACUGAAACUGGCGCAUGCAUCAGUCGGUUUACCAGCAGAAAAAUUCCCUACUGUGUUAAAUUUAACCCAGAGCACGAUAAGCAGCAUCUGUUUGUUGCUGGAACCAGUGACAAGAAAAUCAUUUGCUGGGACACGAGAUCCGGGGAGAUAACGCAAGAGUAUGAUCGUCAUUUGGGUGCAGUAAACACCAUAACGUUCGUAGACGAAAAUCGUCGAUUUGUCACUACGUCUGAUGACAAAAGUCUGCGGGUGUGGGAGUGGGAUAUUCCUGUCGACAUGAAAUAUAUCGCGGAUCCCACCAUGCACUCAAUGCCCGCGGUCGCUCUGUCUCCCAACCAAAAGUGGUUGGCCUGUCAGUCAAUGGACAAUAAAAUUGUCAUUUUUUCGGCAUUGAAUCGAUUCAAAAUGAACCGUAAAAAAACAUUUACCGGCCACAUGGUAGCUGGUUAUGCUUGCGGACUAGACUUUUCUCCGGACAUGAGCUACUUAGUGUCAGGUGACGCCGAUGGCAAGUGCUACGUCUGGGACUGGAAGACCACCAAAUUGUACAAGAAGUGGAAAGCACAUGAUGGAGUUUGUAUUUCUACUUUAUGGCAUCCUCACGAGCCAUCUCGCGUCGCCACUGCCGGUUGGGACGGAAAGAUUAAAUAUUGGGAUUGAUUUUAUAGAUUUACUGUACAGAAAAUUAUUAUUUUUAUUAUCAUCAUCAUCCUCAUCAUCAUCAUAAUUUAUAAUGAUACUUCUAGUACUCUAAUUGUUAAUGAAUUUAUUAUUAAGGAUAUAAAAUAUAUGUAUAUAUAUUUUAAA